AUGAAGGAAGUCACCCAAGUUCGAUUUGAGGUUAAAAUUCUCACGGAGAACAAAACAUCGGCGAGACGUAAGCACGAUUCCUCUUCGUUCAUGCGUGUUACUACCUCUAGUAACACGUAUUCAUUCAAUUUUUAAUCGUUAUUUUUCAAGAGAAUAUCGACUGUUAUUCCCUUGUUUUUUUAUCAACAGCUAAGAACUGUGUUGAGCUCUACCAUUCCGGUCAAAGGAUCAGCGGUGUUUACACAAUCGACCCAGAUGGCUCAGGUGCCUUUAAUGUCUAUUGUGACCAAACUACUUCCGGUGGGGGAUGGACAGUCUUCCAGAAGAGAAUGAAUGGCUCCGUUGAUUUUAAUCGCACCUGGAAUGACUACAAACAUGGCUUCGGUAACUUGGUCGGUGAAUUUUGGCUCGGACUGGACAAGAUAAACCGUCUAACACAAAACAAGACAAAGAACAUGCUUCGAGUAGAUCUGGGGUAA